AUGACCGCCGACAAAAUCCGCGACUUUUACUGCUGCUAUCUGCUGCGGUCAGUGUCUAAGCCGCGGUCAUUUUAUGUCGGGUCAACACCCGACCCGGUGAGGAGGCUACGGCAGCACAACGGAGACCUCAAGAGAGGAGGAGCUUACCGUACAAAGAAAGUAGGCUACAGGCCAUGGAGAGUGGCGAUGUUGGUAUACGGGUUUCCGUCUCUGGUUACGGCUCUACAGUUUGAGCACGCAUGGCAGCAUGCGUAUCAAACGCGUCACAUACCCCGAGAAAAUCGGAUCAGCCUUCACAAGACCAGUGGCUCUGGACGUGAUCUCCAUGCAAAAACUGCCAACUGUAAGCUGUUGCUGAUGGCACCUGGUUUCUCCCGGCUUGGACUCCGUGUUCACGUGUUUGAUAACGAUGUGUAUGACGCAUGGUGUUUGAGCAAGCACGGUGUGCUGUUUCCAGACCACGUGAGAGUGGACAGGGAUGUCCAGAAAGACUCGCAGCCUUACCCCACAGGGAACUACGAGGAGCUCCAGAAGUUCAGAGAUGUUGUGCGCGAAGAUGAAAAUGCUCUGCUGGAGAGAUCAUUAUCGACUUUGGCGGAUUCGGAUCGCGUAUGUUCCAUUUGUGAGAAGGCAGUGGAAAGGCCAGAGGCUGUGGCUGUGUGUUUCCACUCGCCGUGCGCGGCAGUGUUCCAUUUAAACUGCUUGAAUGAAAAGUUUUUGGAAGAAGAAGUUGCAAAAGGCAAUGGACUUAUACAAGACUCAGAAAUCGUCGAAACGACUGAAGACACGGAGGUCAAAGAAAGCACAGAAACUACCAGUCUAUCUGCGACCCCGUCAAAAGGAAGAUGUUCUAAGUGCAACAAAGUGAUGAACUGGCCAGAUGUUGCGAAGAUUUCUCAACUAAUACAAGAGAGGGAACCUAAUAAUGAUAAUGAUGAAUAG